CAAGUGGCCGAGACCUUCAACGAAAGGGAGAAGGGUGUGGUUGCCGCAUGAAGCCAUCGUGGGAGCACAAUAAAAAAAAAAAAUUUUAAUGGAAAAUCUCGGCUGCACAAGUUGCCGAGCCCUUCAAGGAAAGGGAGAAGGGUGCAUGGCCGCAUGAAGCCAUCGGGGGAUAAAAAAAAAAAACAAAACAAAAAUGUUGCCGUAGCCGAGUAGGACAUGGGGCCGAUCGAUGAUGAGGCUGGCUAGGGAAAUUAAAGGAACAAAAGAAGAAUCAUUGUUGGCUGGAGCAAAUAGCUGAUCGGUAUUGCUUGGGCUGGGCAAGUCUCCCGAUCGGAGGAGUUAAUUGGCCACAUGUUUAUGUUUCAAACUUCAAAGUUCACCCAUAAAAAAAAAAAAAAAAAAACUUCAAGUUCACAGUACCACAAGGUGAUCACGAAUGGAAGAUUGAGUUGGCCAAAGACUACAAUUAUUGCAUGGCCAUGGGGUGGUUCACGUGGUAAGCAGCAGGGGGAAAAAGGGUGUAAGGUUGUUUCCAUGAAAGCCAAAGUCUUGGCUAAGGAAAAUUAAUGGCGUGUCAAGAGUUUCAAUUUUUUUGUAUAAGGUGAUGUGGUAAGUGGUAACGUGAUAUCAACUACUUAGUCCAUAUGCCUUAUGCACUAAGUAGUUGGGGGGCAUUUGUUUACACCAUAAAAGUUGGCUUGUACCACAUUGGUGAAUUACAAGAUAAUUAAUGAGUUUAUAAGGCCACCCCCAUUAUAACAAUUAAUGUUGUUUAAGUUGGGCCUUAUGGAUAUUGAUUUUAAGCCCAAGCCACUAAGUCUAAAGAGGGACAUGCCGCAUCAUCAAACAGAGUUGCGUCCGUAUUAAAUCUAGAGGCCAUGCCGCCUCAACGAAGAGGCCAUGCCGCCUCACCAAUAAGACCGAAGGAGGGAAAAUUUAACUAAGUCCGGAAGAGGCCAUGCCGCCUCAACGAAGAGGCCAUGCCGCCUCAACGAAGAGGCCAUGCCGCCUCAUCAAAGAAGAACACGUCCAUCUAGAAUAAAGAAGCACAUGCUAUCUCAAGGAAGGCCCGGUAUGACAAAAAUAUUCUAAGUAUGAGAAUAUAAGGCCAUGUGGAUGAUUAAGAGGUCCAUGGCCGUGUCAUAUGUGACGGCCAUGGACACGAGACAAGAGGACCACGGACAUGAAUGAGAAGUCCAUGGUCGCGAAUAAAGAGACAAUGUCGCCUCAUGAUUUAAACCAAACAACCGAAAAUAUUCUAAGUAUAGGGAAGGACUUGCUGCUUCAUGAGGGAGGCCAUGUCCAUGAUUGAGAGGUCCAUGGGUGCAAACGAGAGGCCAUGCCGCCUCACGAGAGGGGCCAUGGACGCGAAGGAGAAUGACAUGGGGAUGAAAUAUCAUAUCACUAGAGACUAAGUCCCAAGAGGGCCAUGGACAUGAGUAAAGAAGUCCAUGACCGUGAUAUAUGAGGCAUGCUACAAGCUCCUACGACGGUUUCAAGAGAGGCACAUAAGCGGUUGAGAGAUAACUGCUACUCAUCCCACGUUCAAAGGACACGUCAGCCACGUUGCUUCAGCCACGUUCCGAAGAAGCAGGGGGCAGUUCCUUUUGGAAGUUAUCCGAGGCAGUUUUUCUACGACAGUUACCCACUCAAGGCUAUAAAUAAGAGGAUAGAGCGACAGAGAAGAGCCCCCGCAAAAAUUACCACUCGACACCACUUGUCAAGUUUUUCAAUCUUGUCUUUCCUCUGCAAAUUUUUAUCAAUAGUCGUAGGUCUGGAGCUCUCUCAGAACCUCCAUAGGAGUAGGAGUAACUUAAUGUAGAUCUGUCUCGAGAGUCGUGUAAACAUCGAACACCCUCGUUCGAACUGUGUUUGAAGAGGCGUGAACCGUGUUUAGUGAUCGUUGUCCAAAGAAGUCAAAGGUGCAAUCAAUUUAUUUUCAACGCAAGUUUCUCACAGGGAAACAUAACCAUAUCUAUUUGUAGUUUGUAGUGGAAGAGUGAUACAGAAAGAGAUAGUGUUCUAUCCUACUUCUUCUUCUUCUCUUCUUCUUCUUCUUCUUCUUCUUCUUCAAAUGUAGCAUUAUAACCUCUUUUGGGCUGCUUGGUAGAAACCUAUUUCUGGCACUCGACUACAGUUUUAGCUGCUCUGCAAGUGUGAAAAGAAUUGAAUUAGACGAAUGCACAAAGAUGAAGUAAUAAUCAACCAAGAUCAAGGCAGAAAUACAAAACGCAAUUACAAUUAAAGCAAGUAAAGCUAAGACAUGUUGCAUAUGAGCUCUAAUGACAAGUUUGCUGCUGGAUUAUAUUCAACGUCAAGAGCUUACCGUGCGAGUUAUUUAGUAGUCUAUGGAUCACAUCUCUAUUACAAACAGAAACGAUGACACGAACGAAGGAGAUCCGGGAAGAUAGCAAAUAGGUAAAUCAUAGCUACGUAUGACAUGAAAGAUUGUUGUAUCUUACAGUACAGAUAAAGAUGAGUGAAAUAGCAAGGAGGGUAUAUCUUUGGGGGGAAAUCUAUAUGCAACCAACUUCAGCUCCUUUGUUAUUUGUUCAACAGCUAAUGUCUUCUUAAGAUUCGUAGGUUGCGCGCCAAACAAGCAAAACCCGAAAAAAUAAACACAAAUGAUGUGACAUUCUAUGCUAGAGAAGAAGCAAAAAAAAAAAAACAGUUGGCAUGUAAACAAAACGAAAAAAGUAAAAUAAAAUGUUCGUGAAAAACAAAAGAUAAUUUGUGUAAAAAGAAACUCAUCAGAAGAAGCUGGUUAAAGAGAUCUCUUCAUAUGUUCUCGAAAAAUUAUUCACUAACUGAAAACAAUGAAAGUAAAAGGGAACAUAAGUUCAGAUGCUUUCUAACGCAAAUAUAACAUCUCAUAAGAGCAAAGAAUAGUUAGAAGCUACAGAUAAAAUUGAUUUGCUUCCACCACUACAUGGAAAAAGAGCCAAGAAGCUUGAUUUCAAACUGUUGGAUUGCUUAGCUGGAUUCUAUAUACCAAUUGAAGCAAAAAAAAAAUUGCAAGAACUUCCUUUCUUGUGUUUUGCUCAUCAAUUCAGCUCUCCUAAGAACAUAAUCUAUUAAUGUCCUCUCCCCUAACCUUCCUCCUCCAAAUCUGUAGCAAGAAAUCUAAAAUUUAGUCGUUAUCCCUUCCGUUGGCUGAACCAUUAAAGCACACUCAUCUCAAUAAAGCAAAAAAACACUCUACUUGCAACACAAAAAAAUUACGGUAAUGUAGUUCAAUGAAGGGUCUUCAAGCAAAAAAGGUUCUACUUACAGGAGAGAAAAAUACGUCGCUGCAGUACAAGGCUGGCUCAGAAAACAAAAACGUAAAUCAAACAAAAAAGAAGUAAUAAGGAACAUAAACAAAGAUUGGGAAGAAGGAGCAGACGACAAUAGAACAGUUUUCAACUAUAAAUGUUUUAUAAAAGCACCCCACAUGAAUCCCUUUGAGCAAGAAAAAGGGUCUUCAGCUCAAAUAAACUUGUAAAACUUCAAUUUCUAUCUCAUCUGUAUCGCUCUAAUGUAAAACUAAUUAAUCAUGCUUUGCUUGCUUGUAAGAAAGGAGUCAAGCAUUUAGUAUUCCUUUGAAAUUUUUCAUCUGCUCAUCGUCCAUGUCCAAUUCAAGCAACUGCAGCUGGCAAGUGGGGCUAGUAAAAUCACGUAAGAGGAAUAGAUGAACGUCCUUGGAGGCUUCUUCACUUGCACCUGCCUGUAUCUCUGCAACAAAUAGCUAGCAGAACAUCAAUUUCUUUGAACUCCCUAAAAUUCAUAAAACCAUCACAAAUCCUCCUUCACCAACCUUAUAUGAGCUUGAAUGACACCAUGUGCCUCAAUUUCCUACCAAAAACACAACCAUGAAAGUUACUAAGUAAGAGUUGUUAUGGUUGUGAUUCAAUGAAAGUAAGUAAGAGUUGCUUCUUUUUUCCUCAACUUAGAUGCUUCAGCUAGGAGUCUUUUAGCCUGAUCAUAUAUGAAAAUCCAGAUUAUGCCAAACAACCCACCAAACAUCAUCUAAUUGAACCAAAUUAAGUUGAGGCAAGCAAACCCAAGUCCAGAGAGCAAGUCAAGUCUUAGUUGGGUAUAUUUACUUGAGCAAUUAGAGAUAAAUCGAACGAUUUUUAUUGUUGGACAUAAGAUAAGAUAAAUCAUCCUGAUUUUACUAGUUUACAACUUCAUUAUUUUAACCUCAACAAAAAAAAAUAGGGGGGGGGGGGGGGGGGAGGAAUUUAACAUAAACUUACGACCAUCCGGCUUGAAUUACUAAUUUACUUUUGAUUCUGCCACAUCUUCCAACCCACUCAUCUCCCUCCCUCUCUCCCACCCUAGCGAUAUGGUGUCACAUUUCCCUUUCCGUCGAAUAAAUUCAUCUUCAUAUACUUCGACUGUGGAAAUCAAUUUCUCUCAUUAAAAUCUCUUAUGGAUAAUAACAUAAUCAAGUAUAAAUGAAUUAUAACAAUUAUUCAACUCACACUUUACUUCAACCAUGCUCAAAAACUUUUCUAGAAAAUGACAAAGGAAAGUUGGGAAGGUGUAGAGUGCCAGACUUGACUUGCUUCCAAAGAAGUUUCCUUUCAUAGAAAGAAAAAAAUAAAUCAAUUAAUUAGAUCUAACAAAUUGUUAGGAAUAUCAAUAAGAAUCUAUCUAUCUAUUUAUCUAUCUAUAUCUAUCUAUCUAUACUAUAUAUUAUGGCAAUUCAAAAGCAAUCUCUUGCCAAAUAAGCACUUGGAGGAUCCACAAUUUGCCAAGUUGGACAACUUUUUUACAAACAAAAAAUUAGUUAUUAAUGUAUUUAUGGAGCUACCUCUCUCUUCUUUAAUAUUUCCAUUUCUUUUAACUUUUUUUUUGCUUAAAUAGUAGGUUACAUGUUGAUAAACUUAACCAAACACACAUAAAUAAUAAUUUUUUUGUCCAGUAAAAAAAAUAUAAAUAAGAAAACAGAAAGUAACAUAUACAACAUUUAUUUAAAUAAAAAAUAUCUGAUUAAACCUUAUGAAAUAAAUUUUUUACUCAUUUUUGCUAAAAUUUAAUGAUAAGUUAUAUUUUUAUGGAAAUUAGACAAACAUACACAUAAACAAUAAAAAAAUUGAUUAAAAAAUUAUAUGAAAAGAGAGAAAAUAAACAUUUGACAUUCAAUUACCUAUGAAAAAUAAAAUAUAUUACUUUAUAUUUUGUUGCAAUGAAACACUCUCUUAUUCGUAAAUUAUAUGUCUAUAAAAUAAAAUAAGUAUUAUUUAGCAAAAUGUCAGAGUAUAAUCUUGAUCGAGCAGUUAUAGUUAUUUAUUUAAAAAAGACUUCUUAUUCCUCACGUCAUGUUCUACCUUAAACUCCUCAAAUGGAGAGAAAUCACAUGUGCAAUAAUUUUAUAAUGUGUCCUAAGUUCAAAUUAAUAAUAUUUGUUCUAUAUCAUGUUGAUUGAGCAAGCUCUAUUGAGGUCUAAAGUCGUAUGCUAAGAAAAUUUUCUUUCAGACUUAGACUUUUCGUCAACGAUUAUAAACAAAAAUUUUCAAAAUGACUUAAGUAUGAUUGUUGACGAACUUUGACUUCAUACCCUAGGAUGAGAUACAAGAUUCCUUGGAAAAACAUAAGGAAUGUUAGAGAAUCUUUGUUGAGAAUCUACGAUAAACAUCGCGUUUCAUCAACUACUAACCUAGACAUUUAGCAAAUAAAGGUUGGCAAUUUUUAGUAAAAUAGUCAAUUGGGAUAAACAUAUUUAUCCAACAAUCAAGUAUCAUUGUCCAGUAAUCUCAACUCUCAAAAUUGGUUGCCAGUUCGUCCAAACUCGAGAAACACGAAUUGAUAAAUGUUGUAUAGAUAAUAAGUUAAUGAAAAUAAUCAAAUGAAAUCCACCGAUAUUGUUCAAAUGAUAAGACAUUUUAAAUGCACUUGAAAAAUGUGUGUAUUGUAGACACUCUUUAUCAAAUAUUAAUAUAUAAGUGAUAAAAUCUUUGAAAAUUACACAUUCAACGACCAUGUUAAGACCAAAAUCCUCGAUAAUGUGUGCGAGUGUCUUAGAUUGAGUUUCUAAGCCAACAUAUAAACAAUGACCACGGGUUGAACUUCAAAAAUUAACAAUUGAUACAUAUUCUAUAAUAUACUCAAUUUAAGUGUCUUGAUAAAAAAAACUAACAUCCAAAAUGGAAAUGAGUUGAGAUUAUAGAAUUUAAUCAUCACGAGGGCUACGGUGUGUGUCAAGUUUGAAUAUGGAUGAAUAAAUUGAUCCAAUAAUGAAGUAACUUUACUAAGAAUGUCUCACUAAAAAGUCCUAAUCUUUACAACAUUGGUCAAGAGUUCGUCCAAACUUGAGGAUCAUGAAUGUGUAUUGGAUUUCCAAAGGACCUAAAAUCUCAACCCCUUUCGGGGGCUAAAUACCUCUGAUCACAACCAUUGGUGUCAAAGAAGAACAUAACCUCUGAUACGAUGAACAGAAAAAAAACAUAUCGAGCUAUGAUCCUUUCAUCCCUACCCUAUUAUUCUCCAUAAAGGGGGGGGGGGCGGCGGGAGAGGAUAAGAAAUAAAUAGCAUCCUC